UUGGGUGUGAAUAUCAGUCUAGCAGGGGUUGGUUGGUGAAGCGCCUCUGGCAACACUGUGCUAUUAAACGUAUGGAUGUCAGCGUCAGCGCAGACUAACAACUCAACACUAUUUAUAAACAACUCGUCUAUAACAGAUGAGAAAAGUGUUUCAACAUGGGUGAUGGAUUGUUAUCAUUGUCAUGGAAUAACCACAAAGCCACUUUCUGUCACAUUCUGUCAACACUUAGAGAAAAGGAGAGAUACACAGAUGUGACCCUGGCAUGUGAGGGAAAGUUUUAUCCAGUACACAAACUGGUGCUAUCAACGUGUAGCGAAUACUUUGAAAGUAUGUUUGAACAAACACCAUGUAAACAUCCCGUUGUAGUUUUGAAAGAUGUUAAACCCGAAGAGUUAGAAGCUCUUCUCAGCUAUAUGUAUGCUGGUGUAGUUAAUGUGGCCCAGAAUGACCUGGCUAGAUUAAUCAAAGUUGCCGAGUUACUCCAAGUAAAAGGCUUGGCUGUACCGGAUGAACCACCUCAGGAAGUUGAAACCAAGAAAACAUACACACCUCCCCGGAGUUCAAAUUCCCGCGAUGAUAGAACGAGUCCUCAUCCCAAAAGAAGAAGAAGAGACGACAGUACAACACCUGUUUCGGAAACACACGUCUCCAACAGUCCUACUUCUCCAAAAAUGUCACCACACCAUAUAGAUAGUGAUUAUAACCAAGAGAACUCUAGAACACCUAGUGAGAGUCAUGUUAGUGAACACAGAGUGGAAAAAUCUAAUGAAAGAACUGAACAAAGACAUGAAGUAGGGUCAGAUCAGAAAGUUGAGUGCACAUCUAAACACGGAUCCCCUCUCCAGGUAAUGUUAGAUGAAGUACUAGUCAAAGAGGAGAUGGUGGAAUCCUUAGAUGACAGUCGAGAUAAUUUGUUAGACUCUGGGAUGGAUUAUGGUUCGUUAAGUGGUGAUUCAAGAAUAGAAAACUCAACCACUGAUGGGGGACCUCAAGACCAUCACAGUCAAAUGUUGCCAAAUAAGUACGACCAAUCUCUUGUUUCCCAACCACACCUCCCAGAGGCGGUCGUUGAAGCUCUCGCUGGACCCUCCGGGAUGCAAGGGUGGCUUGGUGGGAAUGAUCUGAGUGGAGGGUUCUCAGGAGUGGAGAGUUACAGUGGGGAGGGGAGACAUCAGGACUUACGUCAACCUCUCCCCGGCCAGCAGCCUCAGGGACACCAGCUGAUGGUGAUGUUCGGUGAUGGUCAGGGGCCUGGCGGUGGAGGAGCCUUGGGACAUAGGAAGGGCCACACCACCAGGAAGAUGCAUCAAUGUCCCUACUGUCUAUACUGUACUCGUUUUAUCACUAACUAUAAAAGACAUGUUGCCACUCACACUGGCGAGAAACCAUAUGCCUGUACCAUCUGCUCUUAUAGAUCAUGCUCAAGAGAUCACCUUAAACGUCAUAUGAACACCCACAAUGGAGAAAAGCCAUACUCAUUUACAAAAUGACCCUAUGGCUCAUUGUAACAUUGCACGAGAACGAGUCAUUAGACUUCUUUCACCAUAAGUCUGAGAUAAUGGUUAGUCACUGUUGGAGAUUCAUUAAAAAAAAAAAAAAACUUACCCACGGUAACAUUAAGAUGAAAUAUUUACUGUACUUGGCGAUGUUUUAACACAAAUUUGUGAACUUCCUAACAGUAUUACAGUACCGGUAUUACAAGGUUUUUUGUGUGUGUGUGUGUGAAACUUUCAAACAUUGAAAAUAUUUUGUCAUCCAUUAAGGAUAUAAUGUCUUCCCAGUACUGUAUCAUAUUAAACUGGAAUACUGUAUCAGGAAAUGGAGAACUAUACUGAUAAUUGAGACUUGCUGAUUGUAAGAGUACGUACAGUAUUUGCCUUAAACAGUAUUUAGUAAAAUUAAAUUAAUGCCAUGUUGGAUAUGUUAGGCUAGUAAUUCUCAAUCCUGCCUUGUAGUAAUAAUUUAUUUUGUUUUAUUAAUAAGAUAAGAGAUUUUCUCCAUCCCGUCAUCAUAUUGAAUUUCCCCAUAAUAGUUAUUACGCAAACCACCUAAGAUUUUUAAUGAACAAUGAUCCUGCCCCUUUGUUUGAAUUUCAUGGAGCUGACAACAUAAGUGACCAGAAAAUGUGCCCCUUGGAAAAUUAUUCCCAAAGCCGGAAUUUUCCAGAAAAUUACGGCUUUGGGAACGAUUUUCCGAGAAAAUUUCAGUUCUGGCUAUCAGAGAGUUUGGGUUUGAGAGAUUCCGGCUAACGGAGAUAUAACUGUACUUGUUUAUGAGUCUUAAGUCUCUUGAAUAAAUUUGUUUUAACUUGCAAAUAACUGAUGAUUUAAUUUACUGUAUUACCAAAUAAGUGAAAUUAUCAUUACAGUAUAAGUACGGUACUCUAAAUCCUCAUAUACCUGGGCAGAUUGUCAGGUGAGGAAAGAUCUGGGUUUCACAUAUUCCCAACUUUUCCAAGGAGUGACUUUGGGGGCACAAAGUAAUAAUAAUAUUUAUGGUCAUUUUAAGUGCAUAUUUGUAGUCUUUUUAAGUGCAUAUUUAGGGUUAUUUUAAGUGUACAUUUAAGACCAUUUUAAGUGCAUAUUUUGGACCAUUUUAAAUGCAUAUUUAUGUCCUUUUUAAGUGCAGAUUUAUGGCUAUUUUUUUAGUGAAUAUUUAUGGUAAUUCUAAGUGCUUAUUCAUAGCCAGAUGGAGUACAUAUUCAUGGCUAUUUUAAGCGCAUGUUUAUGGUUAUUUAAUUUGCUUAUUCAUGGCCAUUUUAAGCAGGAAUUUGCUGUAUACAGUUUUUUAUGUAAUUUACAGCUGUGUUAGGCAGUAAACACCUCAUAAUUACUCACCCAAAAUUUUACUUUCAUGUUUAUCUGUCUCAUUAUAAUUAUAAGUUUUUUCAAUCAGAAGCCUGUCUUUAGUCAUAAGAAUGUUUAAUCAACUCAUCCAAUAAUUUUUAAAAGAAUUUCAUGACGAUGAUUUUGCUACAGGAUGAUUCUGCUACAAUAAUUUUUGAGGGAGUUUCCUGAAAAUGACUCUUGUUGGUUUUAGUUAUGUCCUUGAAUUGAAAUAAAGAAUACUUUAACUGACUCUUCAUCCUUUUAGUAAAAGAAUACCUCGAGUGAGGUAAUAGCUGAUAUUGAUGUCUUGAUAUCAGUUAUGAAGAAAAAUUGGUUGUUAACCCCUUGUAUACGGGGUUGCCUCUGAUCUGAAUAAAAUCGUCUGUCAUCAGCUAAGUAAAAUUUUAAAAGUGACGUCCACAUAGUGAAGGGAUUACCAAAAAUCUGGUACUUGACCAAGUGUUGAGGUAUGAAAAGUCACUACAGCAUCAUUAAAACACAAUUUAACUUCAAUUGUAAAAAAAAUAUAUAAAUUAUGUUCACACACUUUUAAUUAGUGAAUAAAGUGACCAGUUUUCUUUGGUGUACAGUAUUUUCUUUUCUCUGUGAACUGUAAAUAAGCACCAGAAGCCCUGUGUUGAAAUAUUUUCUGGACACAUUAAUAAGACAACUGUAAACAUUGUAUGGAAUAUAUUUUUAUGAGCUCAUGGAAAGAUAAGGUCUAUUGAUACUGUACAUACUGUCAGGAGCACAUCAAGCAAGUUUUGUACAGUAUCUGUAUAAUUUUCAUAGGUAAUAUUUUAAUAAAAAAUUAUAAAAAAAUAUUGCCAUUUAUUUUCUGAUGUUGCAGGACAACUCAACACUCAAUACAGAGGUCAUAUAUCCCCCUCAUGAGAAUUUUGUUCCUAAAAAAAAAAAAUUACGUCUUAUUACUGUAUUAUGAAUAUUGAGGAAGAGUGCAUGUGCUGUUGUGCACAAACACACACACACACUCACAGUCACACUCACAAAGAUGCUUGAGCCCUCAAACCUUCCAGGCCUUUUUAAGAGUGGAUGCUAGAUUCAUUGCCAGAAGGGCUCACUCUGGAUAAAUAUCCCCCUCAUACAAAAUCUUCCUCAUAGGUUUACAUCCCCCUCACAAGUAUCAAGUUCUGGCACCACCACUACAGUAUUUAACAACCAGUCAUCACUAAUAACAACACUGUAAAACAUUUUUGUUUUCAUCUAACAGCCAAGAAGAAAUUGACUUAGAAAUGGCCAAACACAGGCAUACAGUUUAUUCACACCUAAGCAUGUGUGUAGAUUAUAGUACUGUACUUCAUAUGAAAUUUUGGGGAAGUGUGACAAAAUUAAAAGUUCAGUUAGACAUUUACUGUAUUGUUGAUGUCUUAUAAGACUGAACUUGAAUUUAACACCUUGACUAAAACUUUACCAUAUGAUCAUGGCUUACGGUAUGUAGUUUGUAGCCAAAUACACUGAACCGUAGAAGGAAGUAUCUGCCUUAUUUACAAAUAUUUCACAUAAUUUCACAUGCAAUCAUAUAAACAUGUGUAUCCUUAGAUACAAGAGUUUUUAAACAACAUAAAUACUGUAGAUAUGCAAACUGUCGUGGCAACAAUGGUGUCAAGAGAGCCAACCAGAAGUAUUGGAGCUUCUGUAUGUGCACAAAUUUUUUCAUUAGUAUUACACCAGUGAAUUGGAGAUCAGUCCUCUUGCUAAGAUCACACGGGGAAAAUUAAUUAAGUAAAGGUUUCCAGCUUACAUGUGUACUGGUAAUCGAAAUACAGCAUUGUACAUAUCUGGGCACAAAAAGCACAAUACUGUACUGUACAGUACUUUCAUGUAGAGAACAGUGUGAUUUCUGUAAUCCAGUACAGUGCUGUACUGUACUGUACAUAUUUUUUUAAAGGUCUUAGGUGUAUUAAUUUAAGCAGAUAAUAUAUUCAGAUUAUUAUGUAAAAUUAUAAUUAAUAUAAGAAUAAUAUCUUGUAGAUCAGAUAUUAUCAAUACUGUAGGUGAUCCAUCAAAAAAUCAUCAAAAAUAUACAGUACUGUACUGUAUGGUGCAGAAUAUUGAUGAAGUUGUUCCUGUUGUCCCUGUUAUUAUGGCAGGACAUAGGGAACACUUUACUGUAAGUACAUAGAGAUUUAAGUGGCCAUUUUUUUUUCUUUUUUUUUCUUUUUUUUUUUUAAACUAAUUGCUUACUGUACAACUUUGAGUAAGACGG